AUGGCAACCACAAAGAAGAGCGCGUUCCUGCACCGGUCCCUCAAAGAGUUCCCGGCGCAGGUCGUUGCGGCAAAGGACAAAAGCCUCAUCUUCUCGGACGGGACGACGGUUCUGGACUCGACGUGCGGCGCCGCCGUCUCGUGCAUCGGCUACGGCAACGAGCGUGUCAGGCAGGCAAUGAUUCGGCAGCUGGACAAAUUUGCCUACUGCAACUCCUUCUUUGGCCACGAGGUCGGCGAGCAGCUGGCGCAGGAGCUGAUUGACGGCACCGGGGGUGCCAUGUCCAAGGCGUAUAUUGUUAACUCUGGCUCCGAGGCAAUGGAAGGAACCAUGAAGAUGGCCCGCCAGUACUUUCUGGAACUGCAGCCACCGCAGCCCCGGCGCAUCAACUUCAUCGCGCGCGAGGGCUCCUACCACGGCACAACGCUGGGCGCCCUGUCCAUGAGCGGCCACGUGGGCCGGCGCAGCAAGUUCCUCGACCUGCUGCUGCCCAACGUCGCCAGGGUUUCGCGCUGCGACGCGUACCGCGGCAUGAAGGAGGGUCAGUCCGUCGCCGAGUACGUGGAGCAGCUCGCCGACGAGCUGGACAGGAAGUUUCAAGAGGUCGGGCCGGACACGGUCUGCGCCUUUGUUGCUGAGCCGGUUGUCGGAGCGACUCUUGGCUGCGUGCCCGCCGUGCCGGGAUACUUUGAAGCCAUGAGGAAAGUGUGCGAUAAGUAUGGUGCAUUGCUUAUUCUGGACGAGGUCAUGUCUGGCAUGGGACGAAGCGGCACGCUACACGCUUGGGAGCAAGAGGGCGUCGUCCCAGACAUCCAAACCAUCGGAAAAGGUCUCGGGGCCGGCUACGCGCCAGUCGCUGCCUUUUUGAUCAAUCACCGCGUGGCAGACACUCUGGAGAGUGGAACAGGAGAGUUCAUGCACGGUCAUACAUAUCAGGGCCAUGCUUUGUCGUGCGCCGCCGCCCUCGAGGUGCAGCGCAUCGUCAGGGAGGAAAAUCUAAUGGAAAAUGUCAGACAGAGGGGAGCGCAGUUAGAGGCGCUACUAAAGCAGCAUCUUGGCGAUCAUCCGAAUGUUGGAAACAUCAGGGGCAAGGGUCUCUUCUGGGGCAUUGAGUUUGUGGCGGACAAAGCAUCCAAAGAGCCGUUCCCUCGCUCCGUAGACUUGGCCAACAAGGUCAACCGUGUAGGCGUUAAAGAGUUUGGCGUCAGUCUCUAUCCGGGGACUGGGACAAAGGACGGAGUAUUGGGUGACCAUGUCAUACUUGCGCCGGCUUACAACUGCACGGCCGAGGAGAUUGAGGAGAUUGCACUCAAGACAAAGGAGACGGUGGUGCGAGUCUGCGAGCAGAUCAAAGCUAGCUCUUGA